CCUCCCCCUGACACCAGAGGAGGCUCCGGUCCAAACUCUGCUCACAAAGCCCGACAUUAUAUCUGUCAGAGAGGGGAACCUGCAUGCACAUGGACUAAUACCCAAUGUUUCACGGCGAUGAGGGAUUCCAGAGGCUUAAAGAAGAGGCUCCUAAGCUGAAACAUUUGUUAGGAAAGAAGAGUGGAAGCCAGGAGAAGAGGCGUGCAUGUUACUCGGAGGGCUUCAUUUCCUCGGUGAGCUGGAUGACAUGAUGCUGCAGAGUCCACUCACCUCCACCUCCACCUCCACCCCGUUUUCUGUCAAGGAUAUCCUCAAGCUGGAGCAGCUGGAGCAGCAGCAGCAGCAGGAGGCCGGGUCCUUGGAGCUCCAGCACCGAGCCCUCAGGCACCAGCUCACCGGUUCUCCUCCUCCUCCUCCUCCUCCUCCUCCUCUUCCUCAGAGGCGGCGUUUCCAAACCCCGCCGUCCUGCAUGCUCGCCCGGGACAGUCCUCCCUUCUCGGAUGGAGAGGACAACCUGGCCUACCUCAACGCACUGGCAGGUCGAGAGGAGGACCGAGGAGAGACCAGCAUGUCCCCGGACCUGUACGUCCACCGGGGCCUGCAGGGAGCCAAGCUGGAGGCCGCAGAGCUGGACCAGGAGAGCAAGAGCUGCGCCUUGGUGUCCCGGGAUGAGGCCUCGGAGGCCGGCAGGGGAGCCUCUGAGCGGCCGGUGCAGAAGCCUCGGAGCCGGCGGAGGCCCCGGGUGCUCUUCUCGCAGGCCCAGGUGUUCGAGCUGGAGCGUCGCUUCAAGCAGCAGCGUUACCUGUCGGCUCCGGAGAGGGAACACCUGGCCUCCACCCUGAAGCUCACCUCCAACCAGGUGAAGAUCUGGUUCCAGAACCGCCGCUACAAGUGCAAGAGGCAGCGGCAGGACAAGAGUCUGGAGGCGGCUGGAGGUGGAGGUCAACACCACCCUCACCCCCACCCUCCUCCUCCACCCAGACGGGUGGCGGUGCCGGUGCUGGUGCGUGAUGGGAAGCCUUGUCUGGGUGGAGGUCAGAGCUAUGGCACCACCACUGCUUCUCCAUAUGGGUCCAACCCGUAUGGGUAUAACGGAUACCCUGCCUACACCUACAGCAGCCCUGCUUACAACACCAACUACAGCUGCACCUACACCAGCAUCCCCACCCUCCCGGCCUCCAGCUCCUCCAACACCUUUAUGAACAUGAACGCCACGCAGGCCCCCACCCACCAAGGGACGGGGGUCACACCAUGCCAGGGGAUCCGGGCAUGGUAGCCUCGAACACAACUAGUGGCUCUUUUUUUAUUGUUAUUAUUAUUAAUAUUAUUAUUAUUAUUAAUGGAGCUCUUACAUUUUUCAGUCAGCCCACAAAGUGUGUUAACUUCUCCUCAGAGAACAGUUUAUAUAAUGGCUGUAAUGUGACACACAGUCACAGUUUGGGUGACAUUUGCAGCAAUAAUUGGUGCUCCAGUUUGGCACUGACUGGGGGGAUUACGCACAAACCUGCAUUUUUAUAAGAAAGAAAAUGUUUUGUUUUUAACAUGGUAACUUUUUUUUUUUUAGACUAUGGAGAGAUUGCCUUUAAAGUGUUUUUUUGGAGAAUUGUUUUAGUCUAUUUCACAUCUAUUCAAAUAAAUCAGAGAAAUGAGGAAAAAGGAAAAAUGAUUGUGUCCUAUAUAUAUAUAUAUAUAUUUUGGGUUUUCACGUUUCCCUCUCUUACUAAAGUAAGAAUAAUAAUCCAAUAAUUAUGGCUCCCAUGUGGGGUCACAUGCACGGAGGCAACAUUUGGAGGAGGCCGAGCUGCUGGAGGAGGAGGCCGGGCCACAGGAACCCUUUGUCCCGGUGCCAGGAGACCUGAAAGGAGGAAGUUAUUCUCCAUUUGAGGUCCUUUAAAAAGGACGCGAUUAGGCACCUAAAACACCCCCGAUGAGCGAGCUGCAGCCGGGCCAGGGAGAGAGGAAUAAUGGGCCUUAUUGGAUUUGUGGGACAAAAGGUGUGUGGUAGGCAGAGCCGGGCACUCAGCAAAGACAAAGGCACACAGGGCCCAGAGAUUGACGUCCUAAUAUUCCCAUUUUAAGGGGUUAUUCUGCAGGAGAAGGGGGACUGGGAGGACUGGUGGGGGGCACUGGGAGGACUGGGAGGAGAAAACGUGGUCACUUUUGUACUUUUUGUUCCCGUUCAGGAGGCUUUUUUGUUUUUUGUUCGUGGAGAAAGAGCCCCAGCAGAGAGGCUUCGGGGGCAGCCCGGGCUGGAGGUGGUGCAGCAGGGAGCCGGCUGUGUGAAAGGAGAGGGGUAUUACUGCUACAAGUUUCACCAUUUAUCCCAAUGUGCAAAGUGGACGGGAGGAUUUUAAGGGUGGGUGGGUUUGGGGCUUUUAUUCCAGUGUUAUUUCAGCUCGAUGCUAUAUUCUCACAGGUAGCAGACUAAUAAUCCUGCAAGAACAACGACUGCAGAACAGAUUCUUCAUUUAUUUGCGACAUAAACCAAAAGGAGAACUCACAUUUUUAACACAUUUGAUCAUUUUCACAGAAU